AUGGCGCGCACCCCCAAGAUGGCCCAUAUCAAGGCGCAGAUGGCCGAGCGGGCGCGGCAGGAGGAGGAGGCACGCAGGAAGGCGACCAGCGCGCGCACCAGAUCGCAGCGAUCACAGGCGCUUCAGGAUGCCCACGACUCACGGGCCACGCAGUUCGGCCCUCAUGCGACUGCAGAAGGCGACUCAUCCACUGGCGAUGAAGAGGAGAAAGCGGCCGAAGAGGAAGAAGAUGUCGCAGAAGAAGAGGAAGAAGAAGAUGAUGAAGAGGAAGAAGACACCGAAGAUGCAGACGAAGAGGAAGAAGAUGCAGACGAAGAGGAAGACGGAGAUGAAGAGGUUGAAGAAGAUGAAGAAGAGGGCGCGCAGAAGAAGAAAAAGAAGAAAGGAGCUACCAAGGGCGGGCAGCGCCAAGGGAACAAGCGCACCGUUUCCGACGUUGAAGACGAGGACCUGGUGCACGUUCUAGCGUUCAAGGCCCAGCAGGACUCGUGGCCCCUGCUUGAUGUCAGCCAACAGGAGUACAUGGAUGCGACGCGACAGAAGAUCGUCAUCGCGGAGGUCAUCAACGUGGCUCGCCGCAACGCAGACUUGCGUAAGCAGGUCCGCUUCCGAGGGCUUCCUGACACAGAAAUUCCUCUCGUGCCCGACGAGUGGGAUCCCUAUCAGCGGAAGUACAUCUGCACACACGGCUGGAAGGAGCGUGAGAGAUCGACGGGGAAGAGGAUGUCGCACAAGCUCCGCCGCACUGAGUGUCCGUUCCAGAUGCUUGCACAAGUCGUCCUUCGCCGAGAUGGAAAGUUGGGUAUCGUCAUGAAGCGAGAAGUCUACAGCCACAACCACCCCGUUUCCGACGACAUCUACAGGUCUUACCCAGGUAUUCGCCAGGUUCCUGCCGAGUCUCCGCUCAUGCCCGGAAUCGAGCUCCUGUGGCUUCAUGAAACCAUCAAGAAAUCGCAGACCUAUGGAGCCUACGAAGCAGAAGUUUUGACGCAGAUGAAGCACACCAUCACGAACAUGACAUACUCCAGAACUGAGGAAGACUAUGUGCGGCAUCGGGAUGAGUUCAAGAGUCUGGCCUCGCGGAAUGGUCGUGUGGAGCUAUGGGAGUAUUUCGACAAGAACUGGAAUGCGUGCCGAGAGAUGUGGGUGAUGGCUUAUCGUGUCGAUUUGCCACACUUCGGCAAUCACACGAAUAAUCGUGUCGAGAGCCUAUUCGGUAAGCUGAAGCGAAAGCUGAAAGGCCAUCUAACUAUGCGCGCUAGUCUGGAGGUGCUUCUGGAAUAUCAGCGCCGCAAAGAAGAAGCCUAUCGGUCCAAGAGACGCCUCAUCCCUGAGGAGUUGAACGUCGCUCUGGGCAUGACCACGAGGUGGGUAGCAGCUGCUCUGAAGACACAAUUUGACAUUGCUACGAACCCCGGGGUUGUCGAUACCUACGCUUUCAAGGACAAUGGCGCUACGAUCACCGUACAAAGCGAGGAGAACGAGUAUCUCCUCGAGAAGGAAGGCUGGGUGUGCGACUGCGAGUUUUCGCAGACUAUGAAGCUUCCGUGGUUUGGACAGAAUCGCAUCUCGCAACAGGACUUGAUGGAGGUGGAAAAUCCGUUCGUUGCUAAGCUCUACAAAGGGCAUUCAGCUGCGAGCGCUGGCAGUUUGAGUGAAGCCGAGAAGUAUCGGCGUUCGCAGCAGGCGUUUGGUCGAAUCAGCAGCGAGCUUGUCCGAUGCGAUGACACUGUGUUCGAGUCUGCGAUGAAGCAGAUUGAUAAGUGGUGGUACGACUUACGUCAAGGGAAGUUUCCGCUGGUGCAAGCUGAUGCAGACUUCGUCGACGAUUCGGGCCCCGAUCGGGUUGGCGCUAGUGGUGACGGGGGCAACAGUAUUAGCAGUGAUAGCCACGGAGGCGGUGGAGAGGAUGCAGCUCACGAAAAAGGACCAGAUGAUGACGAAGACGAACCCCCGACACAAGUGACAGCCUCCGCCCAGGAAUCGGUGCAGCCAGGCAAAGGCUCAAAGGUUCGACUGACAAACAAGAGGCGUGUCGGUCGACCACGGUUGAAUCGUGCUCAGAUGAGAGAGAAGGCAGCAUUGGCGCUGAAAGAAUACAACAAUGGAAUGAAACUCAGAGCUCUACUACGAGAUAAGGACGUGACGGAAGUGGCAGCAACGCUGGAAUUGAUUAAGCCAGGUGUCCGCGAGCUCAGAUCGUUUUUGACUACGCAUGAAACAAAGAAGAAAGGUGACGGAAAAUCAAUCCAGUGGAUGUCGUACACGGAAUAUAUUUGCGAAGUUGUGCGCUUCCGACUACCGGAGUCCGUCGUUGAAGACGCUCUAGCUAAACUGAGAGGUGGUUUGGCAAAAGGGGAGGAGAUUGAGCUGGACAGUGAUGGAGGGGUGACACGCGAAACGGAAGGUUACGUGGCCGCCAUUGAGAAAAACAACGUGACGGUGAUGGUUCCUCCUCUUAAGAAGGGUAAGAUGGGGAAGCACAUACUCGCACCAACGUCGCUGGGCGAGAUUGCUAGUGGUAUUGAGGCGCAUGCUUUUGUAUUUAUGCCGUGGACCGUGAAGCGCGGCUAUGACAGCAUGGGUGGGAAGAGAAACAAGAAACGGCUUAAGAAGAUGGCAAGCGAGCUCCUUGCAGGCCCCCUUGAGGAUGAAGCUUACAGCGACAUCGAAGUGACGGAGCCGAAGCAGACAGAUGGCGAUAGCUGCGGGGUGUUUGCGUGCCGUCUAUUGUGGACGUGCGUUGACAGCGAAGAGCCAAGUGAUGUGUCUCCCAGUGGCGUCACCAAGCUGCGUUGGGCAAUGCUGCACAAGAUCACCACGAUGAAGCGUAGCUAG